UAUGGAUUUGCUUUUUUCGAGGACAGAUCUACUUGCGGCAUCGAGCAGCGGGCAGGAACAAGAAGGAGAGCGAUAGAAGGGAGUGAGGACCAGCGAGGUCAAUGAGGCGACCGGAGAGAUCUGCUCAUCUCAUUGAACUCUAAGCCGAAACUGGCAUUGUCAUUCCCAAUCCUUUUUCUUGUGUUCCUCUUUUUGGAAAGAUAAGCAUAAAGUAAGAGAGGAAGAGGGGACGAUGGGCUGCUCCUUCUCCGGACUCAACGCCUUCUACGACGCGGCCAAUGGAAGCGCCGACGUAUGGAUCAACGAGAACCGCUUCAGGAUCGUGAGGCAGCUCGGUGAAGGUGGCUUUGCAUUCGUCUACCUCGUCAAGGAGGUCGUUGCAGACGCCUCUGCGUCACCUGGUAGCCUUGCCGCCAAGAAAUCUAUCGACCCUUCCCAUAUUUCAGAUGACGGCACAUAUGCUUUGAAAAAGGUUCUCAUUCAAAGUCAGGAUCAGUUAGAGUUGGUGAGAGAGGAGAUCCGUGUUUCUUCUCUUUUCAAUCACCCUAAUUUGCUUCCGCUUCUUGAUCAUGCCAUCAUUUCUAUUAAGGGUGCACCAGAUGGACCAACAAAUCAUGAAGCAUACUUGCUGUUUCCAGUUCAUCUGGAUGGAACUUUGUUGGACAAUACCAAAAUUAUGCAGGCAAACAAGGAGUUCUUUCCUGCAAUCACUGUUCUGCAACUAUUCAAACAACUCUGUGCAGGAUUGAAGCAUAUGCACAAUUUUGAUCCUCCAUAUGCUCAUAAUGAUGUUAAGCCCGGAAAUGUUCUCAUAACUCAAAGGAAGGGGCAACCUCCCCUUGCAAUUUUAAUGGAUUUUGGAAGUGCGCAGCCUGCUAGAAAGCAAAUUUGUUCACGUUCUGAGGCGUUGCAGUUGCAGGAAUGGGCGGCUGAGCAUUGUUCUGCACCUUAUCGUGCUCCUGAAUUGUGGGAUUGUCCGAGCCAAGCUUAUAUUGAUGAGAGAACAGAUGUUUGGUCUCUAGGAUGUACUCUAUAUGCAAUCAUGUAUGGAGAAUCUCCUUUUGAGUAUGCUACUGCUGAUGAAGCUGAAGGAAGCUUACAGUCGGCCAUUAUGAAUGCCCAGAUCAAAUGGCCAACAAGUUCUAUCUCCUCCUAUCCAGAUCAAUUCCAUCAGUUUAUUGUGUGGAUGCUGCAGCCUCAGCCUGCAGUCCGGCCUCAUAUCAAUGACAUUUUCUUUCAUGUCGACAAGCUCAUUACAAAGUUUUCCUCCUGAGCCUACAGAGAAAGUAGCAUUCCAUCCAUGUCGGUUUGUUAAAAAAGCUUCUUUUUUUUUUCUUUUUGUUUGUCAAUCUUUAGACAAGUUUGUUUAAAAUCUUAUUCUCCUUUGUCUAGAAACAUCAAGGCUUCAUUUGGGAUGGCUUUCUUACUGCUUCUUAAAAUAUCAUUUAGUACUGUUUUUUUCCAAAAAAACUGCUUUACAAGUAAUAAGAAAGCUAUCUCAAACGAAAUCUAAAUUAUAUCUACCCACUCUCUGAGUGAGGGGAAGCUACACCUAAGUGAACUUCAUAUUAAUUUCUUCAUUUCAUUUGCCUUUGCAUUAUUAUUGUAUUAUUUCA